AUGGACAGCUCCAGCUUAUUGCACAGUGACAAGUCUGGGUUUGCUGUCUCAGAGGAUUGGGAAACCAUCAUUGGGGUUUACUUGCUCACACUGGGUUGGCUUUCUUGGCUUGGCAAUGGAGGGGUGAUCUUCAUCAUGUACAACCAACGACAUUCCCUGGACCCUCAGGACUAUCUCACCUUCAAUCUUGCUGUCUCAGAUGCAAGCAUUUCCCUCUUUGGCUAUUCAAGGGGCAUUCUAGAGCUGUUUAAUGUUCUUAGAGAUGAUGGCUUUCUAAUCACUUCUGUAUGGACAUGCAAGGUGGACGGAUUUAUAAUACUCUUUUUUGGUCUAAUCAGUAUUAAUACUCUGACAGCCAUCAGUGUCCUCAGAUACAUUAAAGGAUGCCAGCCUCAUCAAGCGCACAAAAUUGAUAGAAAAAAUAUUACAUUAACCAUGAUUGUGAUAUGGGCAACUGCUCUUUUCUGGGCCAGUGCACCACUUCUAGAGUGGGGUAGCUAUACAGACCACAAAUAUGGUACAUGUGAAAUAGACUGGAUCAAGGCAACAUUUUCUGUUGUCUAUAAGUCCUACGUGAUUGGAGUCUUUAUAUCUGGCUUCUUUAUUCCUGUCUCCAUCAUGGUUUUCUGUUACAUGUCCAUAAUAAAGACUGUUAAAUCAAGUCACAAGACCACAAGAGGUAAAAAAAUUAGUCAAAGGCAGCGGCUCAUGGAACGAAAUAUUACACAGGUGUCAUUUGUAAUUUGUUUUGCCUUUUUCCUGGCAUGGUCUCCUUAUGCAGUAAUCUCUAUGUGGUCAGCAUGUGGGUUUCAAGUGCCAGAGCUCACCAAUGUCCUAGCCAGCCUUUUUGCCAAAUCUGCCAGUUUUUACAACCCACUUAUCUACAUGGGAAUGAGCUCUAAAUUCCGUAAGGACAUCAGAAACCUUUUCCAGUGUCUCAACCAAGACAAGGAUUCAGCCCUACAAAUGCCAGUACAGAUGUUCAAUCAAAGAAAUAAGGCAGCUGUCCUCCUGAAACCACAGAGAGAGUUUGUGUCCAAAGUUCCUGAGGCUGAAACACCAGGCUUAGACAUGGAUUCAUUGCCCAGAGACAAUCCUUUGGCACAGGAGAACCCUUCAUUUUGUUCUCCUGUUUCUAAUCAACUUACCGCUUUUGGAGUAAAAACAAUUCAAAGGAAACAAAGUGGAUCUGGCUGA